GCAAAAACACUAUUAGAAAAUGUUAGAACACUGUUAGAAAAUAAUACAAAUUACCCAUUUAUUUCAUUUUCCGUGAGGGAAUUCGAUAUUUUGAACGCGCAUUUUGUUAUUCUUCCCUCAAGCUCGCACGCAACACGUGUGUGUGGGUGGGUGGGGGUGUUCAAACAGUCUGUAGUCCGGGAAAACAGGCGGGCCCGGCGGAUCGCUGCACGCUUGCUGCUCCGCUCCGCGCGCCUUGGCAGAGGAGGUUGUUAGCUGUAUACAGCCAUAAAAGACAAUUACCACUAUAACCGUUUAUGGGGUGCAAAGCGCUGCAGGGCGAGAGGACGCAACACAAGAAAGAUGUCGAAAGCUUUGACAGCUGAUGCCUAAAAUAAUGUAGUAUAUGUAUUCUUCAGCUAUGAUCUGACACCACCGCUCAGUUUAGACCCGGUGCUUCUGGACACAUAAUGGUCGCUAUGUUUUGAAACCGUCAACAUGAGCAGGGCGGUCGACGUGUUCAGCGUUCAAAUAUUUACUAUUUAAAAUGUAGCUUUGGCGUUAUUCAGAUUACAAUAUAUUUGAUCUGAGCUUCUAUUUAACAUUUGUAUCAAGAAUGAGUUAGGUCUAUCGAUGUGGGCCUGCUUCCACCAAAAACCUUUGGAUUAUAAAUCUAGAGAAGUUCCCUCAAAUCUGCUCUGUGGCCUAGCAAACAAUUUAUAUCGACAAAGAGUAGCCAAUAAAAAUGGAAAUGAUAGAUAGGCCUACUUGUGAAAUAGGCUACAACUGGACCUUGGGACUGUCUAGCCACAUCCUCACAGAACCGCUCUUGUUUUAUCAGACAACAUCGUUCACAUCAGACACGCACAUAUAUUUUAACGAAUAUAUUAGCUUUAGUAAAUAAAAACAAGGAAAUUGCAGUUGUAUGGAGACAUAUAGUGGUGUUGUGACGCGCUAGGCCUCGAGGACGCAGAUGGACCCCAAACUUCAAAGGCUCAGCCAGAGACAUAGCAAUAAAACGCCUGGUCUGCUAUACUGUCUGGCAUUCCACUUUUAAUGGGUUUAUGGCCGUCCAGACACAAUUAGACCGUUUCCAGAACUCGGCACCCAUUUGUUUUUUCUCUUUUCUGUGGGACUGCAGCAUGGACAAAAGGCCUAGCGGAAAUGAUCAGCUUUAUUGGCCUCUCCCCCGAAUGUUGCUCGCCGGACUCAUGGUCAUCUCGAGCGACCCUUUGUUUGUACCUGGCCUGGGAAAGUUCUCUCUCAGUUUCUCUGGUAGUAGCUAGUGUUCUGUUCACGCGCUGAAAAAACAAAAAGGGCAAUAAAACAACAGCAUUAUAUGAGUCAAGACCUAAUCUCAGUAUAGAUGAGACCAACAUGAACAUUUUAGAUAUACUACUCUCGAUUGUCAUCAUCGGACCUCCAACAUCUAUAUUCCAUGUGGAAAUAGAACUGCAGGCAAUGAGAGCCACAUACAUUAAUCGCAUUCCUAUUAUGUGAUUUAUUUAUGGAUAAUGGGGAAUGGGUGUGAUUCCAGUUCUCAGGGCACUGCACCUUUUCCACACUGCAACUACGUGUAGUGACCAGAGGAUGGCGCUGAUGUUCCAUAACAAGGCUCAAAAUGGCCUCGUUUAAACACUUACCCUUUCUGAUUAUUUUCGGAUGAACAUAUUUUGACAUGUUUUGGCCUAUUGGUGGAUUUUCGUUUUAUAACAUUGUAAUUCUAAUUGAUGCUUGCUAUUAUAGUCUUUAUAAUGAUGUUAGCUCUUGUAGACGUUGACACAUCCGCGGCAGUAUUUAAUAUUUAAUAAUAAUAUACAUAAAACAUUUAAAAUAGUACGCCUUAGUCUAGUCAAAAAAAUGUUUGUACGUGUAGGCCUAUCUUUUACUUGACGCUACAGAAAAACCUGAAACGUAGUUGUUCCGCGUGUCAAAUGAAAGAAAUCAGGCUUUUAGAAGGCCUAACUAUUAUAGUUCAAAUGUGUUUAUUUCCAUCUUUAGUUUAGGCCUAUAGGAAUAGUAAACAUAAGUAGUGCUUUCUCAACAAAUGGUUUGUACAUAUGUUUCGUAAAGUAAUUGGAAAAUAAUUUGCCCUUUUCAAAUAGGCUUAUCUUUCAUACUCUACAUUUGCAAUAGCCCUACAUAAAAUUCAAUUUGCUUUAGGCUAAUCAAUUUUGGAAUAUUAUGAUAUGGCGUACUAAAAUAUCAUAUGUUUGGUGGUAUUUAGAUGAGCCUAAAUCGGUUAGCUAUAUGCUCAGUAACUCCACAUAUAAAAUGUAGUUGUUUUUUGUCCCUUCUGUUUUUUUUCCAGAUAACAUUGUGGAAUGCGGAAGAAUUUACAUAAACGUUACCAAAUUAGGCCACGGCCUUGCAUAUAAAUAUGUAUAGCUAUCCCUCGUUAAAUGUGUGUUUUACAUAAUUUGGGAGGAUUAUUUUUGGGAUUUACUGACCUAUCCAGAUACAUUCAAUGGUCUUUUUCAAUGGUAUUUUUUUCAAUAUAUAUAUAUAUUGAAAAAUAUAUAUAUAUAUAAAUCUGAUUAUUUCAACCUCCAAGAAAGCUAAAAUAAUACAAAAGUAGUAGACGUUUAAAUGUAGCUCUGCAAAUAACGUUGUUAGUUUUAAAUAUUCAAAUGGACUUAUUUAAUUUUUAUGUUUUCAGUUAAUACUUUGUUACUUUGUUUAAUCUAGCAUUAGGUUACCACUCAAAAUAAUUCUCAAAUAUUUCUCUUAGGCCUAUACUUACUUGCAACAAUUACUUUUAUAUUAUCUUAUUUGAGACGCAACAAUGGUAACUGAAAAUAUUUACAAUCACCACAAUAUCAAAGAAACUAUUGUAAAAUGUUUCAACUUUGAAUUGAUCAGUCCUUUGUAGCCUAUAAUACAAUUACCAUGUUUUGAUGUUUGUUGUGUCACAUAGUUCAGUUUUACCCAUAUGGAGAAAUAUAUUUAUAUGAAUUGAACAAAACCUUUUGAAUGAGUACACAAUGCAGUUUUAUACUCUUACUUGGGUAUAAAUGACAGAUGUUAUGAGGUGGUGAAAACGAUUGUAUUAGGGAGGUAUUAUGGUGUAUUAUGGUGUAGUAUGGUGUAGUAUGGUGUAGUAUGGUGUAGUAUGGUGUAGUAUGGUGUGUUAUGAAAGGCUAAAUGCCACAGUAUACGUUUAUUUUAUUUUGAUGACAUUGUAUUUUGUGUCAUUUCAUAUGUAUAGGCUUCCCACAGUGUUUAUGACAGGGUGUGUGCCCAAAGGAAGAGAAGGUGUGUGUGUGUGUGUGUGUGUGUGUGUGUGUGUGUGUGUGUGUGUGUGUGUGUGUGUGUGUGUGUGUGUGUGUGUGUGUGUGUGUGUGUGUGUGUGUGUGUGUGUGUGUGUGUGUGUGUGUGUGUGUGUGUGUGUGUGUGUGUGUGUGUGUGUGUAAUCCUGGGAAAAUCCAUGGUAACAGAGUGAUGCUGAGACUCAGAUUGUCCACUUUAAAAUGUCUAACAAAAAACGAUGAUUGCAAAGUUAAAUAAAUCAUACAACUCUAUGCACAGUUGGUACUUUUACAAAUUUCCACGGUUUUUGUUUGACAUAUAUUUUUAAGUGAAAAUUCGGAGUCUCUGUUACAAUGGAAUGGCCCUCCUACUCUGCAGUCUGUGCAUUAUAAUGAAAUCUCUGGCCCCACCGGUGAUUGGCUACAUCGGUCACAGGGGUGGAUCACGUGGGUGAGUUCUUUGGUCCUGGGGAAAAUGGGGUUUGGUGUAAAUCCAGGGUGUAUUGCUGUCAUAUAUCACACUACCUCGUAAAAACGACACUGAAGAUUCUGGCCCAACAAAUCACAGAGAAAAAAAUAUGAGUUCUUAUUAUGUGGAUGGUCUUUUUAACAAAUAUACGGCGAGCGGUUCUUUCUUCCCAAACGCAGACCGGGGUUCGUGCACUCUUGUACCCGAUGGAGAAGGACCCGCAUCUGCUCACAACGCCGCAGCCCCUGCCUUCCCACCGUCCCUGUCCGGACUUUACAACGUGAACAAUGCAAUCUACCAGAGCCACCCGAUGUUUAGCCCUGGUUAUGGCCAGGGGCCGGACAUUCGCAGUCUGCACUGCAGCUCCUUCGACCAGAGUCAUCUGUUCGGGGACAGCUGUGUCCAGCCGGGGCCCCUCACCUCGCCAGAGGACAAACACUACCGAAUGUACCCCUGGAUGAAAACAUCAGAUCCAAACCGAAAGCGUGGACGUCAGACCUACUCCCGGUACCAGACACUGGAGAUGGAGAAAGAAUUCCACUUCAACCGGUACCUGACCCGUCGGAGGCGCAUAGAGAUAGCACAAGUGCUCUGCCUGACCGAGCGCCAAAUCAAAAUCUGGUUCCAGAACCGGAGGAUGAAAUGGAAGAAAGAUCACAAGGACGAGUCCUCAAGCUCGACCCCCGGUGCCACCAGCGAGGACGUAAACGAGGAUGAUGACAGUGAUCCGGUAACCGACGGACAGUCCAAGUCCGAGGACGCCGAGGACGGAGAUUCCCAGUCCACCCGUGUGGCGUCAGAAAACCCUGCAAGAGGAGAUGGAGACAAGGAGGCGAUUAGAAACACUCCAUAA